UGGAAUGCCACCCGUGCCUUUAUGAUCCUGGCUGCGGUGCUGUGUUUUCUCGGCCUGAUCGUGGGGGCUCUCGCCUUCGCUCACUUCACCUUCUCUGAGCGGUUUAACCACACUCUCGCCGCGGGGGUCCUCUUCCUCAUCUCCAUGUUCCUGCUGCUGGUGGCGAUGGCGGUGUACACCGGUGUGACGGUGAACUUCCUCGGCAGACGGUUUGGGGAUUGGCGUUUCUCCUGGUCCUACAUCCUGGGCUGGGUGGCAAUGCUGCUCACCUUCUUCGCAGGAACCUUCUACCUGUGUGCGUACCGGCUGGGUGAGUGCCGCCGAAUGUCAGGAUCUCGCUAGGAGCUGCGAUGGUGGACCUGGGGAAGUCCGUCUCCUGUUCCUGCCCCUGCCUGGGACUCGGGGAAUGGUCUCUCUCUCUCUCUCUCUCUAAACCCAUUGCUGAUUCCAACAGCGCCCAGGAGUUGGGUCAGAAACUGUCCGCUGCCCGUUCGUCUUCAUUUGGGGAUGAAGCCAGCCAGCGGGCUGGAGUGAUCUCCUGUACUCCUGAGAAACCA